GGACUACUCAAUAAUUUUCCCUAACCCACCCUAUCCUGAACCUCUCUUUCCUCAAGCAGCAUAUGCCUAUGUCCCUUCCAGAUGGAUCCCUUGGAUUUCUCCUCCACCCACAGUCACAGUAGCACCAGCACAAUUUAGCAGAAACACACACACACAGUCACUUACCAUUUCCUAGAGAGAGAGAGAGAGGGAGGGAGAGAGAGAGAGUAUACAAACAUCCAUUAAUACCCACUGAUGGCUUCUGCAACAACUAGACCCACCUUCAGUUUCCACCUCUCCUCCUCAUCUCCUCCCAAACCAACACCUAACCUCCCAUUCCCACCUCUCCUCCUCGGCAGCAAAACCCACUUUAUCUCUGCUACUAUUCGCAAACAACACGCAAACCUCAAUAUUUUCACUGCAAAAUCCAUCGACGUAUCCAAAGAGGACAAACCCAUUUCAGAACAAGCCCCUGAUAACCCAGAAACACCACCCGCCUCCGAUGAUUAUCCUCCACAGCAACAAGAGCUCCCGUUCGACGAGAGGCGGAGGCUGGAAGAGAAGUUUGCCGUGCUGAACACGGGCAUAUACGAGUGCAAGUCGUGCGGGUACAAGUACGACGAGGCGGCCGGGGACCCGGCGUACCCGGUCCCGCCGGGGAUGCAGUUCAGCAAGCUGCCGGAGGACUGGCGUUGCCCCACGUGCGGGGCUGCCAAGACUUUCUUCGAGAGCAAGAGUGUGGAGAUUGCUGGUUUUGCUCAGAACCAGCAGUUUGGGUUGGGUGGUAAUACUCUUACCUCUGGCCAGAAGGCUGUCCUCAUAUACGGUGGCUUGUUGCUGAGCUUUGCGCUUUUCUUGUCUGGUUACUUUCUUCAAUAAUCAUGGGCUAUUAUUGCCUUCAUUUCAUCUUUGCUAGUAGCUUUUUGGAUUGGUGAAGUUCUGUUUAUGAAUAUUGAUAAUGGAUUGGCAGAUGAGUGACAUAAGAGGAAUAUCAUACUGUGUUUGGCAGCCUAUAAUUCCAGAGUGCCAAUUACCAA